GCAGUCAUGAGUGUGCGCUCCAGCGCGGCCUGGGCCAGCCCACCCACGAGUGCCUCAGGUUUCUUUCUGCCCAUCGGCCCAAAGAACUGCUGCAUCUUCCCAGAAGACGCCAUCGCCAAGGUACUGCCGCCCGUGCUGGUGCUGGAGUUCGUGUUCGGGCUGCUGGGCAACGGGCUUGCCCUGUGGAUUUUCUGCUUCCAUCUCAAAUCCUGGAAAUCCAGCCGGAUUUUCCUGUUCAACCUGGCUGUGGCCGACUUUCUCCUGAUCAUCUGUCUGCCCUUCCUGACAGACAACUACCUGAAGAAGUGGGACUGGAAGUUCGGGGAUGUCGCUUGCCGCCUGAUGCUCUUCAUGUUGGCCAUGAACCGGCAGGGCAGCAUCAUCUUCCUCACCGUGGUGGCCGUGGACAGGUACUUCCGGGUGGUGCACCCCCACCACGCACUCAAUAAGAUGUCUAACCGCACAGCGGCUAUCAUCUCCUGCCUGCUGUGGGCCGUCACCAUCGCUCUCACCGUGCACCUCCUCUACAGCAAGCUGCUGGUGCCCUACGGCUCUGCCAAGCUGUGCAGCAGCUUCAGCAUCUGCAACACCUUCCGGUGGCACGAUGCCAUGUUCCUCCUGGAGUUCUUCCUGCCCCUCGCCAUCAUCCUCUUCUGCUCGGCCAGAAUCAUCUGGAGCCUGCGGCAGAGACAGAUGGACAGGCACGCCAAGAUCAAGAGGGCCAUCCGCUUCCUCAUGGUGGUGGCCGUGGUCUUCAUCAUCUGUUUCCUGCCCAGCGUGGCCGUGCGGAUACGCAUCUUCUGGCUCCUGUCCAAGUCGGGCAUGCAGAGCUGCGCCAUGUACCGCUCGGUGGACUUGGCGUUUUUCAUCACUCUCAGCUUCACCUACAUGAACAGCAUGCUGGACCCCGUAGUGUACUACUUCUCCAGCCCGUCCUUCCCCAACUUCUUCUCCGGGCUCAUCAACCGCUGCCUCCGGAGGACGCCCCCUGGGGAACCAGAUAAUAACCGCAGCACAAGCGUGGAGCUCACCGAGGACCCCGGCAGCAGCAGCAGAGGAGCCCCGGAUGCACUGAUCGCCAAGCCUGGCAAGCCCUGAGCCCCUCCUCUCUGGCUCCCAGCUUGCCUUAAGUAACUGAGCUGUGGAGGGUGACUGUCACCAAGUAGUGAGAUCGCUGCAGCAACACACUGCUUAUCUUCACUAGAUUUGGCCUGCGGUGGCCUGGAGCUUCCAGAUCCGAGAGGCAGGCUUACACAGACAGCGUGGUAGAGUGGGCUGCUCGGUCGCAAACUGCCACCCACAGAUUUGGGGGAACGCACAGUGGGCAGGGUUUCUAGACAGCUGAAACUUCUGCUUCUGCCCCAGGCCUGUAGCCUGCAAGGAUGGACACACUGUCCACUUUUCUGUCUCGUGGUCAGAGCUGUGGUCCCGCCUUUCAGCACCUGGGCUGCGUGGUUCCUCGCUCCCCUGCCUAAGACUUGGGUGAUGACCCUCAGCUCCAAGGCGCUGUCAGGCCUGUCUGCACCCCGAGACACUGGGGGAGACUCAUGUGGUUCUGGAGGGGGCCCAGGCAGCCUCAAGAAGCCAGGAGUCCCCUGAGUCCCCUGACCCAAUUCACCUCCGAGCCCUGUGCUGGCAGAAAUGGACAGAGCAGAGACAGACAUCUGUGAGAUUCAGAUGACAUCUGCAUUGCCAGUGGUGGUCAGAAGGGGGUAAACCCGGGGGGGGGGGGGGGGGGGACUGAGCUGAGCAGUGCUAAGGGACAGCAAUGGCCCUAGGGCCACGACUGGGAACCAGUCCCUCCGCCCUUGUUUACACUCUCUGGAGGGCUUGGCAGCUAAAGGCUCGGGGCAGACAGCUGCUUCCACCUCUGGUCGCUUUUAUCUUGAGGAGUCUUGAGGAGACCAAGGCGUGUUUGGCCCAGUGGGUCCUUACGGGGAACAGUUCCUCCCGGGCCCCUUGCUUGUGUUUUUGUUCUUGUAA